CGCUGCUACUUGGGGCGGAGGGGCGUGGCUCAUGUCAGCCAAUCAGAGUUAAUGCACAGACCGGGAAGUCUAUAAUUGUGUGACGUCAUUGCUCGCCCGCACGCUGCUUUACAGAACUGAUCAUGAGCGGAGGAGGUGCGGCAGCGAGCGGGCAACCCGUUGAAGCGGUGUGUAAGCGGGAGGAUUACUUAGAAUGGUGUGAAUAUUUUAUGGCGGUUGCCUUUUUAUCAGCUCAGAGAAGUAAAGAUCCAAGUUCCCAAGUCGGAGCUUGCAUUGUAAAUGAAGAGAACAAGAUAGUUGGUAUUGGGUAUAAUGGAAUGCCUAAUGGCUGUCAUGAUGAUGCCCUUCCAUGGGCUAGAACAGCAGAUGAUAGACUUAACACCAAAUAUCCAUAUGUUUGUCAUGCAGAAUUAAAUGCCAUUAUGAACAAAAACUCUGCCGAUGUUAAAGGCUGUGUCAUGUACGUAGCUCUUUUCCCAUGUAAUGAAUGUGCUAAGCUGAUCAUUCAAGCAGGUAUUAAAGAGGUAAUAUACAUGUCAGACAAGUAUCAUGACACACCGGAAAUGAAAGCUGCAAGGAGAAUGUUUGACCUAACUGGAACCAAAUACACGAAAUUUGUACCCAAGCGGAAAAGUAUAGUCAUUGACUUUGAUUCAAUCAAUAAAACCAAGCCGAGUCCACCAGUAUUGUGAAGACUUGACGACUGCCUUAUCAUCCAUCUUGGCUUUGUAAACGUCAUCUGCUUCAGUAAUCGAGAAGUUAGACCCUUUUUUACUUUUUUCUCUGUAGCGUCUUUUGAGACUUUAAAAGGCAGCAAAUGCAAAGUAAUUCCUUUUUAUAAUGUGCUCAAGAAAUGUCUUUAAAGCCCAGUAAACACAAAUACUCGGCUAUGGUUACUCUCCUGUACCUGCACACCUAGAGAGGGGGCUAAAGGAUUUCUGUUACCUGUUGCCUUUCUAUCAAUAUUUUAACAAUAAGUGGCACCUCUCCAGUAGAAGUAUAUACUGUUUUUAUGUUUUAUUGUUUCUUAGUUUCUAGGGAAUAGAUGUCUGUGUUUUAUAAGCCUGGCUGUGUAAAAUAUUUUAACUCGCAUGAUCUCUGUUCCCGGCAAUAAACUUUUGCUUUUUUUUUUAAAUAGUGUGUGUGUAUAUAUAUAAUGUGUG